CGGGCUAUAAAAGUGUCCCGCCGCGGCACAUGCACACUUCGGGGAAACUUCCUGCCUGGAGUGGCGGCGCCGGCCGCCAUGGGAGGUGUGCCCGCUCCCGCCUGCCCCGCUCCGCCCUAGGGCGGGCAGCCCCGCGGCGCAGGGCGACCGCGACCCCCGCCCCGACCUGACCUGCCCUGCCCCCGCCGGAGGCAGCGCUGGCGAGCGCGCCCGCUCCCUGGUACCCGGUCGUGCCCUGGGAGGUUCGGCGGCAGGAUGAGAGUGAACGAGAGCGAGCUGAACAGCUCCGUCCUCCCGCGGGACCCGCCGGCCGAGGGCGCCCCGCGCCGCCAGCCUUGGGUGACCUCCACUUUGGCCGCCAUCCUCAUCUUCACCAUCGCGGUGGAUCUGCUGGGCAACCUCUUGGUCAUCCUCUCCGUCUACCGCAACAAGAAGCUGCGAAACGCGGGAAAUGUGUUUGUUGUAAGCCUGGCAGUUGCAGACUUGAUAGUAGCUAUCUACCCUUAUCCACUGGUCCUCACAUCUGUGUUUCACAACGGAUGGAAACUGGGAUACCUACACUGCCAGAUUAGUGGCUUCUUGAUGGGCCUAAGUGUCAUUGGAUCAAUCUUCAAUAUUACAGGCAUCGCUAUCAAUCGGUACUGCUAUAUCUGCCACAGCCUCAAAUAUGACAAGCUGUACAGCGACAGGAAUUCAUUGUGCUAUAUUGUUCUCAUAUGGGUCCUCACAUUUGUUGCUAUCGUGCCCAACCUGUUUGUGGGAUCGCUACAGUACGACCCCAGGAUUUACUCCUGCACAUUUGCACAGUCUGUGAGCUCAGCAUACACUAUAGCAGUUGUGUUUUUCCACUUCCUGCUUCCCAUAGCCGUAGUUACGUUCUGUUACUUGCGAAUAUGGAUCCUCGUUAUCCAGGUAAGGAGAAGGGUUAAACCGGAUAACAACCCUAGGCUGAAACCGCAUGACUUCAGAAACUUUGUAACCAUGUUUGUGGUAUUUGUACUGUUUGCAGUCUGCUGGGCUCCUUUGAACUUUAUAGGCAUUGCAGUGGCUGUCAACCCAAAAACUGUAAUCCCUAGGAUUCCAGAGUGGUUGUUUGUGUCUAGUUAUUACAUGGCAUAUUUCAACAGCUGCCUUAAUGCUAUAGUAUAUGGACUCCUGAACCAGAACUUCAGAAGAGAAUACAAGAGAAUUAUCGUCAGUUUUUGUACAGCAAAAGUUUUUUUCCAAGAUAGUUCUAAUGAUGCAGGAGACAGAAUGAGAAGCAAACCUUCUCCACUGAUUACAAACAACAAUCAAGUGAAGGUGGACUCUGUCUGAAAAUGGGA